AUCUUCAUACAAGAUCUUCAUAGGAAUAAUUCGAAAAAAACAGUACAAAUGAAGUAAGACAAUGAAAAUGAAAAUCAAGUGAAAUAAAAAUAUGACAAACAACAAAUAAAGGGAAUAUAGGCAGAAGAAAAAAUGCAACAAACUAUUAAAAAACUAGGAGCGGUGAAGAAGCGUCUAUCUGAGAAGAGGUUUCGCUCAGUGGUAACCUGGUGGCCUAAAUUAAAGGUCAAAUCAUUUGGCAGUAUCAGCACAGAAUAAUCUAUGGUAUCAGGGGCGUCGCGACCGGGGUGUAUUGGGGUGGGGGUUUCACACCCCCAAUAGCAUCUCAAUAGAAAAUUUCAGGUAAAAUCCGAUCGGUGUAAAAACGCUUUAGGUAUUUCAGAGACCUUUAUAUCAUAAAAUCAAUAAAAGAUCAAGCAAUUUUAGUUGCUCGGUUGGUUAAACAUGAUAUUCCUUGAUAUGAAUGAAGGUAAAUAAACGAAUGGUUUGAAGAUUUUAAGAUUUCUUGUUGGCACUAAAUCCAAAAAUCCAGGCCUUCUUGAGGUAAACGUGCAUCUUGUGUCUAUUUCCCCUAGAGUUUCUCGGUAGAAGGGUCAACUGCAAUUCACUAUCGGCUCCAAAUUUUUUUCAACAUUCGAAAGGCAUGCUAAGAUGGAAAGAUGGAUCUAAAUUGACAACAAGUGCUGCUUGUUUCCUAGCUUUAGAAGUAACACAUGGUAUUUUUCAAGACAACAGCGAAAUUGUACCAGUUGCUUUAUCAAAAUGUAUUGACAAAAUGUAUUGCAGAGACUUGUGACAUAAACUAAAAAAUUUCAGACAAUAAUUCUUCAAUCAAAUAAAUUUGUAGCCUACCCCCCUCCCCCUCAAAAAGAAACAAGGCUUGCCUUGCGACGGCCCUGGACAGUAAACAUAUACAAACUUCGAUGCAAAAUAUAGUCCUUUAUCAAGAGUAUUAGCAUAGCAUAAACAGCCUUCAUUGAUAGUUCAAAUUUUGAUUGAAUUACUUUGGAGGAGUUUUCCGAUAACCUUUUUUAGCAAGGGGAUGUCAUGUUCUCGUAAUACCAAAUGAAUCUUCUUGGGUGACUUGAGUGCGAUUUGAUUUUUCUCUUAAAACCGCGCAGAAGCCUUCGGCGACUUAAUAUCACUGUGAAAAAUAAAACAACAUAGUUUUAGGGUUGUCAUAACGAAACCAGUUAUUUAAUUUUUUUUUCUAACAAUUUCUCAGAAAUUUUUCCACUUGAUAUACUUCAAUUUGUAAUUGAAUUUAACGACGUACGUGCAAAGUGAAACGAUUAGUCGCAUUCGCCGGGGGUAAGAAGUUCCCAUUUGAAGAUGCUUAUAAGACAAAGACACAAAUCCAAUACUUAGAAAGCUCAAAUUUUUCAAGCGAGUUACACCUUUGUGUGUAAAAGUUCACAAGAAUGAAGUUAAGUACAGCUUUUAUGUGGCCUCUUCUGGCAGUUUUGUUUCGAAAUGCCGAUGGUGUCUGCUACAGUUCCACAGAGUAUGCUCACCCCUUCUUGCAGGUCAUCUCAAAUGUUCAUUACACGAAUAACGAUCAUUGCACCAUUUACAUCAGUCCGUUUGGCACCUACUCGCCGUCCGAUUACUACUUGGAAAUCAAAUGGAUAUCUUUCAACAUUGAAGGAAAUAUGCCAAAUUGCAAAGACUACGUCGAAGUUUUUCUCACAAGCUCUUAUAAAAGCAUUGGAAGGUACUGCUCUGAUAACAUCAUUGCAAGUAAGCCAUUCGACAUGUAUUCCCAUGAUGGAUACGCAAAGAUCGUCUUCAAAUCAGACAGCUCGGUUACACGGUCCGGGUUUUCAUUGACAUACCAGUUAAAGAGCAAGUUAGGAUCACCAAUGGGUGGAUCACGCAGCCGAAAAUGCUAUUACAGUUUAUCAGGCAAUGUUUUCACAUCAGGCUGGCCAUACAGCUAUUAUGCAACCAGCAUACCCUGUUGGCACAGAUUUGAGGCUGGCCCCAAUGCCGCCAGAAUUGCUAUCAUGGAUGUUUCUUUGUACGAUUCCUACGUUGAAGUUAAAGAAUCUUCUACAAGGUAUGGAUCUGUCUCAAGCUGGGACAGUCGUGGCUCCACUUUGACAGGAAGACUUUCCGAAACAAUAUCUCCGGCCAUUUACAAAUCUACAAAGCAUUACGUCUACUUUUAUUUCAACAGGCCAUUCACCCAAAUUGGCUACCGAGGGGUUAUGGCUGGGUACAUGGCUUACAGAAAUGUGUCAGAUAGCACAUCAUCAAAAACAUCGGUCGGAGCUUAUGUUGGUAUAGCUAUUGGAUGUCUUGCGGUCGUCAUACUUAUCGUUGUUGCUGCAUGUUGUUGGAGGAAAAGAGCGAGAAAUUCCUGUGGAGCCCAACAGCAGAGCCCGUCACAAGGGCCAACAGCCGUCGCAUUUGCUGCCACCAAUGUUGCAGCAAAUGUUCCUCGUGAUCAACAGCAAAUGCAUGCUCCAGUCGUUCUAUUCAACGAGGGAAACUUUCCAGUGACAUGGGCGACUCAGCAGCCUCAAUUUGCUACAGGCCAGGUACCAAAUAGUUUCUACCCAGGAUCGCUACCUCCAAAGGAAAACACUUUUCCUCCACAAUACUCAGCUGCCUAUUAAUCCAGUUUGUGAUAGAUUUGGAAUCAACGAUGUCGUAAUUAUCGAUCAAACAUGAUCAUUAACCACAAACUGAUACAAACAACAGUUUCAUUUUAAUGCUUAAUCACUAUCAUUUUGAAUAGUGUUUAUCACUGAUCAUAGGCCUUGAAACGCUCACUAUCAACGAUGGGUUAGCCAUUUUACAUUACACGUAGCUAUGAUAAUUUUUUUAAAAUUUUUACAUCAACCUAUGUUGUAUGCCACUGUUGUUGUAUGUUGCAUUUUCAUGACAUAAUUUCAUUCGUGCGAAUGGUGUCAUAUGAAUUAAAAUAUAUUCAAUCAGUAGUGGAAUUAGGAUUUAGCUUUGGCUGUAGAUUGCAGCUUCUCCUGCUUUAGUGUGCAUAACCCAAUAAUUUUAUCUCAAUUACAUAGAAAAAAACAUCAAGAUAAAACAUUCUGUAUAAACAUAGAUAUUAUUUAUAUAAGAUUUGGACGAAAUUCUACAUAAAUAUUAUAAAUAAAACUCCUCUGACAGUUUCAUUUUUCUAACUUUAAAGAAAGCUCUAUGCAUUUUGGAAAUUUUAAAUGUUAUAAAAAAAGAUGCAAAUAUUACUUUUCAAAAACCAAACAUUUAGAAUUUCAAUCAUUAAGUGAGCAAGGUUGCCGCUAUUUAGCUAUUUUGAAAUUGUCCAAGCAAAACACCCCGAACUGCAUUGAUCUAGAAGACAGAAGCUUCAGGGGCUGCAUUUUUCUCCUCGGGCAACAUUUAUUGCAUUUCAGGCUCAUUUUAAGGCAGUUGUAUUUUAGCAAGACAAUGUUAUUCGGGGAAGAUCUACACGAAAAGCCACUAAACUUUCAUUAUUCAUUACGCUGAUACUGAAGUUUAGACAGAAAGAGUUAGGUUAGAGACCCCCGAUUGGUCAAACACAAAAAAUCAAACAGUUUCUUUUGAUCCACCUCUAGAUAUGACAUCCCUGCUUACCUUGGUUCUUAUCCGAUGUUUAUAAUCGAAGGAGUGACGAACAGAAAGUACUUUGGUAUGACAUGUUUUCGGUUUUCCAUACUUUCUUCAAAAUUAACUGUAGAAAAAGCUUUUUCGUUAGUAUUUCGAGCUACGGGCUCUCCAGAACUCUGCAUUGUUUGUUGUUGAAUUCUGCAUUAAGCAAUAGAGAGAGAAAAUUGUAUUGCAGUUUUUUCAUAUAACAUGGCAAAGUCAAAGCUAUACCCCUUGCAAUAAGAACCUUUGA